CAUGCAAGGAUAAAGGGGGCAUGGGAGUGAGUGUGGGUGAGAUGCUAUUGAGAGAGGCGGUGUGGACUUGAUGGGCCAGAUGGUCUGCUUCCACACUUUGGCGACUCUAUGAUUUGAAUGAGAGUAGUCCAUGGAGGCUGUCCAGGAUUAUGGUGAUUUUCAGACUGUGGAGAGUAGUAGCACUUCAGUCCAAAAAGGAAACUGAUGCAUUUUAAUUUGUAACCCUAACCUAAUCCUGGUGAAUUUGAUUUUUCUUCACUAGGGCAAACUUAUAUAUUGAGUAGGCAUAUGCAUGAGUAUAUACGGUAACAAGCUCUGAAUGAAGUUGAAGAUUUUCUCAGUGGAAACUCUCUCUGCUUAUGUGUAGAGUUAAAUUACACCCACGGGAUUAGUUCCAUUGCUUUCACGUUAUUCAUUUGGAAAGAGAUUAGGGAGACGGAAAGGAUAUUAAGGAAGCUAGAAAAGAUUGGAUUCCUGGUCAGUGAAGCCCCACACAGUUGAACAUGCCGACCUAUCUCUGAAUCUUUAAUCCCUUGAGCAAAGGAUUGGGAUACUCACCCUACUAAGGACUCAACACCAUCAGGAAAGCGGGCUGAGAAUUGGCUGUGAAGGAUGUGGGGAUGGGCCUUCCUCCCCAUCGUGCUGGCAGUCAGUGCAGCUGGAGGCUGCUGGGCCGUGUUCGGAAUAGCGGUGGCAAAUGGAUCUGUGAACAUUACUGUGGAAUUCCCCUACAUCAGUGUUUGUGGGGCUGAACCACCUCAGAGCUGCAUUUUUGGCCAAGUGAUGAACGUCGGGUCUUUUCUGGUUAUUUGGGUUUGUGUCAUCAGAUACCAGCAAGUGAUAGACUAUGGGUACCAGUCGGCACUGAACAUUGUCAGUCUGGUGACCGGCUGCCUGUGCGCGAUCGGGGGUUCCUUGGUGGGAAAUUUCCAGGAACUCCGUGCUCUCAGAGGGAAGAGAAUAAAAAGUACAAACCCCAGCGGGGGGAGGAGCUAAUUUCUUUAUUGAU